GGUCAAACCUCCCUUGGACAGACCUUUCCUCCAAAUACCUACCUCCUGCAUUACAGAAGGGUGUUGGAAAUGGGCCACAUGGCGAACGAGAUAAAAAUCCUUAGCGGGUCGAGCCAUCCCGAACUGGCGGGACUUAUCGCAGACCGGUGCGCUGCUCCAUGGCGCCUGUCAUGACAUCGAAUGGAAAGCUGAUGAGAUUGACUGUCUGUAGACUAGGGGUUCAACUGGCAAAGACCCUGAGCCUCAUGCAUUCCAACCAGGAGACGAGCGUUACGAUUGGUGAAUCUGUUAGGGAUGAGGAUGUCUUCAUCAUACAGUCUACGCCCCCAGGCGACAUCAACAAUGCGCUUAUGGAACUUCUCAUCAUGAUUCACGCCUGUAGAGCAGCGUCUAGCCGUCGAAUAACUGCCGUGCUUCCUAAUUUCCCCUAUGCUCGCCAGGACAAGAAAGAUCGCAGUCGAGCGCCAAUAUCUGCGCGGCUUGUUGCGAAUAUGCUUCAGACCGCUGGCUGCAACCAUGUAAUAACCAUGGAUCUCCACGCCUCACAGCUCCAGGGCUUCUUCAGCGUACCUGUCGACAACCUCUAUGCCGAGCCAUCAACCGUUCGCUGGAUCGAGGAGAACAUGAAUCUUGACGACUGCGUCAUUGUCUCACCGGAUGCAGGCGGUGCGAAAAGAGCCACGUCGAUCGCAGAUCGUCUAGGCACCGGUUUUGCCUUGAUACACAAGGAACGCCCUCGACCCAACGUGGUCGGGAGGAUGGUCUUGGUUGGGGAUGUUGAGGACAAAAUCUCCAUCGUCGUCGACGAUAUAGGCGACACAUGCGGCACACUGGCUAAAGCGGCCGAGGUCCUAAAGCAGCAUCGUGCCCGAGAGGUCAUCGCAAUAGUGACUCAUGGCGUCCUGUCCGGAUCAGCUGUUGACACGAUCAAUAAUUCGCACCUGACCGCUGUUAUUGUCACUAACACGGUUCCCCUCGGUGACAAGGUGAAGGAGUGUCCCAAGUUGAAAGUCAUCGAUGUCUCCGGAACACUUGCUGAGGCUAUUCGGAGAACACAUAACGGAGAAUCAGUCUCAUAUCUAUUCACGAAUGUACCAGUAUAAGGUUGAUUCACUGUAGUCCGAUGGAAGUCGCUCUCAAUCUUAGUUUCAUUUCGGACCGAGGAUCGUGAGUGGCGUUGUCACAUCACUUUUCAAAUCGUCCCUCCAGGGCCUGUCGAAACUAGCUGAAAUAACAUGGACACGCCUUCGACGCGUGCGA